CCGCAAAGACUGUUGGAUAUAUACAUCCCUUUGAGGACGGAAUUACAAGAAGGCAUAGCAAAUCUUAAGUCAGAUAUAGUGGUUUUUGACAAACAAUUCAUUGAAAGAGGUCCUAUGGUCGAUGGACUAAUGCCUUCCGAGGCCGCUGAGAGGUAAAACAAAAAUAAACAUAUAUGAUAUUAUGGAAUGGUACUUUUAAGGUUAUUAAACUUGCUUUCGUUUAAUCUAUGCUUAGGGUUUUACUAUUUCAAGAUCGUUUCGACGAGUUAGUCUCGUUGAUGGAACGUUAUCAGGAUGGAGAGCGUUUGUUCAAAACGCCAGUGACCUUAUAUCCUACACUGAAUGAAACUAGACGAGUUUUCAACUUACUAAAAAGACUUUAUGAUCUAUAUAGUGCAGUCAAUCGUUCCAUUCAAACCUGGUCGAGUACACUGUGGAACCGUUUAAAAAUAGAUGACAUUAUUGAUAGUUUAGCAGAGUACACACAAAAGUGUCGUAAACUUCCUAAAGGUCUAAAGGAAUGGCCAACAUAUGAAGAAUUAAAAAAUAACAUUGACGAAUGGUCGGAUAAAAUGAUUCUAGUAGAAAUGAUGUUUAAGAAUUCACUAAAACCUAGGCAUUGGGAAAUGAUAGAAAAUGCGACUAGUACACUAUUCCCAGUAAACGAUCAUGAUUUUGCACUCAAAGAUAUUAUGUCUGCUCCUUUAUUGAAAUAUAAAGAUGAGCUGGAAGAUAUAUGCCAGACAGCAAUCAAAGAGAUUGACAUUGAAGCAAAAUUGCGUCAAAUAAUAUUCGAUUGGUCGACUAUAAAAAUAGAAUUGGCUAGUUUUAAAAACAGAGGAUUAUUACUUGUAAAAGGACAAGAAGUAGCGGAAGUCGUAGCCAUACUAGAAGAUUCACAAAUGAUUAUGAGCUCAUUAGCAUCCAAUAGGUAUAAUAUUGCGUUCAAGUCAGAAAUAAUGGAUUGGGUUAAGAAAUUCGCAGUGACCAGUCAAGUCUUGGAAAAUUGGAUUCUUGUGCAAAAUCUUUGGAUGUAUUUAGAAGCCGUUUUUAUCGGUGGUGAUAUAUCUAAGCAACUACCACUAGAAACAAAACGUUUCACUGCUAUAGAUAAAUUGUGGGUAACUUUAAUGAGCAAAGCACGAUUUCUCGAGAACGUCAUUGAAAUAUGCACCGGAGAUGGGUCUAUGGAAAUUUUACUGCCGUACAUGCUUGAACAGUUGGAGUUGUGUCAAAAGUCAUUAGCGGGGUACUUGGACCAAAAAAGAAACAUAUUUUCGAGGUUUUACUUUAUAUCGGACCCAGUGCUUUUGGAAAUUCUGGGUCAAGCUUCGAACUCGCAUAACAUUCAACCUCAUUUGCUGAGUCUUUUUGAUAAUACUGCAAAGCUGAUAUACUUCGAGUCCGAAUACGAUAAAGUGCGAGAUAUCGUAUCCAAAGAAGGUGAAAAAAUCACAUUGGAACAUCCCGUAUUAUGUACUGGAGGAGUGGAAAAUUGGUUAAACGUUCUGCUUGAUGAAUCGAAAUUUUCUGUGAAUCAAUUAAUAGCGAAUGUGGAUAAUUACAUUAUGAAAGACCCAACAUUUUCAAUUAUAACGAUGGUUGAAUUAUUUCCUGCUCAAGUGCGAAUGAAGAUCACAAACCUAUUUGAUUUUGAAUGGUUAAAACAAGAGCGGUUUUAUUACACAGAAGAAUUGGACCGGUGCGAAGUUCGAAUAACCGACGUGUUGUUUGUGUACCAAAAUGAGUUCCUGGGCUGUUCAGAUAGGCUUGUAAUCACGCCACUCACAGAUCGAUGUUUCAUUACCUUAGCCCAAGCAGUUGGUAUGAAUAUGGGCGGCGCACCGGCGGGACCAGCGGGAACAGGGAAAACGGAGACGACGAAAGACAUGGGAAAAUCACUCGGGAAAUACGUAGUUGUUUUUAAUUGUUCGGAUCAAAUGGACUACCGUGGACUAGGUCGUAUUUUCAAAGGCUUAGUGCACUCGGGUACGUGGGGUUGCUUUGACGAGUUCAACAGGAUUGAACUUCCGGUACUUUCGGUGGCCGCUCAGCAAGUUUACACCGUGUUUAUGGCCCGCAAAAGCAAUAAUGAAACAUUCAUUUUCAGCGAUGGCGAUACGGUUCCUAUGAACCAAGAAUUUGCGAUAUUCCUGACCAUGAAUCCUGGAUAUGCUGGACGCCAAGAACUACCAGAAAACUUAAAAGUUCUUUUUCGGAGUGUAGCCAUGAUGGUUCCCGACCGAUUGGUAAUUUAUUUAUCAACU